UCCUCACCCACAUUCAAAGGGAAAUGCCCUUGACAUCUUGGGAAGUAAUAAAAACAAACUGAACUCGAACGUAAUGGAUUUAUUUGCAUCGUAAUUUGCUUAGGAAAUGCGAUCGUGCGCGGAGGCUCGAAUUGUUUUUUCUGUACAGUCUGGAGAAAAAAUCCGCUUUAAUUUUACUGUGGAUUCCGCCGCGGUUUUGAUUUUCCUGUGCAUUCCGGUGUUACUGAUUUGUCUCCAGAACUCUCUCAGUCUCAGUUCUGCUGAUAGCGUUUGGUAACAGUCUUUAGUUCUUGUAAAUAUGUCAAAAGGACACAACUGCUUUUAAUAGCAUUUCUUAGUUUGUUCUUGUUGUCCUGUUAGUAGCCUAUAUUUAAUGCCAUUUUCAUUCUUUAGUGUAAAAGUUAUGGACAGUGCAUGUCCAGUUGGUUUUCAGUGCGUUUCAGCACUUGAGUGCCUAGACUAUAGCGCAAGUCAGCAAUUCACUCGUCUCUGUACGUCUUUUUCUUAAGUCUGCUGCUGGUUGAAAAGACACCGUAAAAAAAAUUAAAAAAAAAAAACUAUUCCAGGACAGCUUCAGAUCUGAUUUGUCCAUAUGCAAUACAUUUAUUUUUACUUGGACCUAAACAAUAACAUUUAACGAACUUCGGAAAUGAUCUUCAUUAGAUUUCUAUGCAGUCGGUGCUGGAGAGAAACCCAUUAGUAGUUCUUAUGGCAAGAUAUCGCCACCAGGAGGUGGCAUUGGACUUCUGGAGUCCAAUCGGAGGAAUAUUCCGACACCUUGGAUCUUAUACCAAAUGGUACAUGGCAAAACUUUGACUUUAAGAUUCUCUCGAUCUGUAAAUUAUCUGUUUUGUAACGAUGCUUUUUUCUGCAACCCUCACCGAUGUAUGAGAGUGAAACCUCCAUUAACUCCACCCCUCCCACACAGACCAACAAAAAAGGUAGUCAGUCAGGCCGGCUUCUUCCUGAAACUGGGCUGAGGUCAACGCCUCUCCCCUGCCCUGUCUCAGGAGAAAUAAGGUGUUACUGCGAUGCCCCUCACUGCGUCGCUACCGGCUACAUGUGCAAAUCGGAGCUAAACGCCUGCUUCACGAAGGUGUUGGACCCGCAAAAUACGAACUCUCCUCUAACUCACGGGUGUAUCGACCCUUUCACGACCUCGAGUGCCGUGUGCAGUUCCAAGACCUCAGAAGAUAAGAGCGGAGGUUCUUCCGCGCUGGAGUGCUGUCAUGACGACAUGUGUAAUUACAAGGGCCUGUACGAUCUGGUCCACGCCAGAGGAGACGCUUCGGAUCAGGCGGGCCGGUACCAACCCGAGGGGAGCCGGGGCCUGGUGACGCGGGUCCAGGAGCUGGCCUCCACCAAGGAGGUGUGGUUCCGCGCGGCGGUGAUCGCGGUGCCCAUCGCGGGCGGGCUGAUCCUGGUGCUGCUGAUCAUGCUGGCCCUGCGCAUGCUGCGCAGCGAGAACAGGCGCCUGCGCGACCAGCGGCAGCAGAUGCUCUCGCGGCUGCACUACAGCUUCCACGGGCACCACGCGGAGAAGGGCCACCUGGCCAAGCUGGACCUGGAGUGCAUGGUGCCCGUGACGGGCCACGAGAACUGCUGCCUGACCUGCGACAAGAUGCGGCAGGCCGACCUGUCGCUGGUGCACUGGGGGAUGUACCGGGGCCACGGGAAGCUGGAGUUCGUAUGAUGCCCACACCCCCCAUCCCCACCCCCCGCACCCCCACCCAUCUGGGACAGAACCAGGCGUUCUUUUCUCCCGUUGACAUUAAAACACCACUUUCGGUCGAUAACUUUCCCAGUUCGAUUACUUUUUUUUCUUGUUUCUUCAGAAAAAAAAAAAACUUGUGUACUGCAAUUCGUGUGUUUUUUUUUUUUUUUUUGGUUUUUUUGCCAAGCAGCACUUUACUUGAAACGAACGCCGAAUCGAAGCGGAGCUGUUAAAAACGAACUGGAGAACGCGGGACGAGCCCCGCUCCGUUUUCGGGCCCCUGGCGCUGCGGGCCCCCGGCGGACCCGCUGAAGGAUUCCAAAAUUUUUCUCGUAUUUGCACAUUUGUAUAAAGAAAAUAGGUCGUUUCGCUUUAAACGGAAGCUCGGUAGAAGACAUCCACGCUGACCAGGGUACAAACAGACUUUUGCUGAGGAGGGAAAAAGAAGAUUCAGUGUUAACUCUAGGUGUACACACUCCUCUGUGUAUGUUUCUCCAUCCAGUUUAUUGUAAAGAUUUUAAAGUAUAUAUAAAUAUAUUUUUGUCGGAUGA